AAAACCCUUCCGAAAAUGUUCCUUGUCAAAAACUUCCUUGGCGGAGGCGGAGGAGGCGGAGGAGGAGGAGGCAACAUCAAGAUCGGGGGAGCGAACAUCAACAUUGGCAACGUCAUCGGAGGGUUUUUAGGUGGCGGAGGGGGAAGUGGAGGCGGAGGAGGAGGAGGCGGUGGAGGCGGAGCCAUGGGAAUCCUGGGAGGAGUCAUCAGCGCCAUCAGUGAAGCUGCUGCGCAGUACAACCCAGAACCUCCGCCUCCUCGCAGCCACUUUUCCAACAUCGAAGCCAACGAGAGCGAGGAACAGCGGCAGUUCCGGAAGCUCUUUGUGCAGCUGGCGGGAGACGACAUGGAAGUCAGUGCGACCGAGCUCAUGAACAUCCUCAACAAAGUGGUGACUCGGCAUCCGGACUUGAAGACGGACGGCUUUGGGAUUGACACCUGUCGCAGCAUGGUGGCGGUCAUGGACAGCGACACAACCGGAAAACUGGGCUUUGAGGAAUUCAAGUACCUCUGGAACAACAUCAAGAAGUGGCAGUGCAUCUACAAGCAAUUUGAUACAGAUCGAUCUGGGACCAUCGGCAGCAGCGAACUCCCAGGAGCCUUUGAGGCAGCAGGCUUCCAGCUCAACGAGCAACUGUACAGCAUGAUCGUACGCAGAUACUCGGAUGAGAACGGGAACAUGGACUUCGACAACUUCAUCAGCUGUUUGGUGCGCCUGGACGCCAUGUUUCGUGCCUUCAAAUCUCUGGACAGGGAUGGAAGCGGGCAGAUUCGCGUGAGCUUGAAGGAGUGGCUGCAGCUCACCAUGUAUUCGUAAGGCCAGCCUGCCUGUGGGACCGCGCCCCCCACCGACACCACCGAGCCUGUUCCGGACUGUUUUUAGAAGUUCCACGCUACAGCUGCCUAGCAGUCCUCCCUGCGAUGCGGGACAGUCUACAAUAAAUCCCUUUCUUUCCUUUU